AUGUCAAACACCACAGAUUACCUUAUAUGGGUUAAAUCUAAGGAACUCAGGCUAAUGAUCAGCCUAGGCAAGAAGAACGUAGUGUCAGGCGUUCGAUCGGUUUUUCCAUCGAUUCGUUUUUACGCCAACCACUAUGAAGUCCUUGGAGUCACACCGAAAUCAACUCAAAGUGAAAUUAAAACAGCUUACUAUAAAUUAUCAAAAGUCCAUCACCCAGAUAAGUCUACUGAUGAAACCUCAGCAAAAAAAUUUAGAGCAAUAUCAGAAGCAUAUGAAGUGCUAGGAAAUGUAAAAUUGAAGAAAAUGUAUGACAGAGGUUUGUUAGGUCCAAGACUUAGUCCAUCAAGGAUGACAUCUGAGCCAGAACAAGAGCCUACAGACCCAUCCCUAAAGUUCUACAAGUCUCGCGACCGUAGAGGAAUGGUACCAACUAUGGAUGGAAAAACACCAAUUUAUAACUUUGAUGCUUGGGCGAAAAAUCACUACAGUAACUUAUAUGAAAAGUCAAAGUAUGAAAAAGAGUUUCUAAAGAAGAAGCAAGAAAAACAAGCAGAUGCAACAGUUGCCCAUACACAAGAAACAGCUAUGUUUGUUGCUAUACUAUUAGGAGGACUUUUCGUUAUGUUUGCAAUAAAUGGUACAUCGGACUAUGAUAAAGACCAAGUAUCAAACAAGAAAGCAGAAGAUGUUAAAACAUAG